AUGCCACCCGAGACAUUCGCUUAUGGAGGAUUCAACUACCGUUUCGCGGCAUAUAAUGCCUCGGGCUAUGACAAUAUCCUCGUGAAAGGGCAAACAAUCGAGGUUCCUCGGUCGAGAUAUUUCAGCUAUCAGAUGCUUGCCGCUUCCGAGUCUGGAAUGGCCUCUGGAUCCGUGACGGCCACAUACAUCGACGGCAGCUUCUCCAUUUGUCCACUCCUAGUUCCAGCUUGGUGGAACUGGCCCUAUCCGGCCGGAGGAGAUCUGAUAUUCUCUUACUAUCUGACUGAAAACAAUACAAAUUACAACCGGUCCAACAUUUUCCAGACAACCAAUUGGCUAGAUUCGUCCAAAGAGCUGAUCUCGCUAACAUUCCCCACCAGCUCGACCGGGUCAUCGACUUCGCCCGGAGGAGCAUCGGUCGACACCAAGCUCCACAUUUUUGCCCUCUCAAUGCUUCCCGUGACCAAGGAGAGCACCGAUUCUGUUUUGUUGGAAACACAAUAUGCCCGCUCUACACAGAAAUGGAUAGAGGGAACAGAUAAGGUGCAGAUCAUUGAAGUUCUCAUCAACAACGUCGGGUCGUCCUUCGUAUUGCGAAACAAUAGGGUACACGUCCACGUUGACUCACCAGGUCUUGAGACCGUGACAGAGGGUGUCAUCAAACGACUUGGACCGGGUGAUCAGGCUAUUGUGGAGAUUGGAGUACGGAAUCGCAAAGGGGUCAAAGCGGGAGAAUCAGGCCCAGCGACGGUGGCCAUCCAAGGACAGCAUGUGGAAUCCUCAAAGUACACGUUCAAUGCAACCUACGGAAUCAGCCAGUAUGAAGCGACGUACGAAUCGGUCUACAGCCAUGAAGCACCGAGCUGGUACAACAAUGCCAAAUAUGGUAUCUUCAUUCAUUGGGGGAUUUACUCAGUCCCUGGGUGGGGAAACGUGGGCUCCAAGGAAAACUACGCCGAAUGGUCAGCUCUUACCGAAUCUCAUCCCGACAGUCUUGCUAACAGAAGUGUUAGGUACUGGUGGUGGCUGGGUCAGGGGCCAAGCAACCCAACCGAUGUAUAUGAUUACCACUUGCAGACAUACGGCCCGGAUGUCGUUUACGAUGAUUUCAUUCAAAACUUCACUGCAGAUGCAUGGGAUCCAAAGGAGUGGGUCGAUUUGUUUGCAGAUGCUGGUGCCAACUACUUUGUUCAGGUCAGCAAGCAUCAUGAAGGAUACGCUUUGUUUGACCUCCCGGAGAAUGUGACGAAGAGAACGAACUGUUUGAUGCGUCGAAGAAGUAUCAACCUCAUCUCCAUCGCGCCGUGGAAUGCAACCAAUCCGUUCACGAACGAGACGCUACCUUACACUGGCUAUGUUCCUGUCGCCGACUAUGUCAAAGAUAAGAUCCUGCCGGAGAUGAAUACCUUGGCCGACAUGGGGACUGAAAUCAUGUGGUGUGACAUUGGUGGUCCCAACCGCACGAUCGAGUUUGCAUCAGAAUGGUUUAAUCGCGCCGCAGAGCAAAAUCGACAGGUGGUUAUGAACGCUCGUUGUGGCCUCCCUGGUGAUUUUGAUACCCCUGAAUAUGCCCGUUACGACGGUGUUCAAGUCCGCAAGUGGGAGAGUAGUCUGGGAAUGGAUCCUUAUAGUUACGGCUAUAAUCGAGCGACACCCCUCGCAAGCUACAUGAAUGCCAGUGGCAUUGUCACCGGCCUAAUUGACAUUAUCAGCAAAAACGGGAAUUUCCUCCUGGAUGUGGGGCCUACCGCCAACGGAACGAUUGUGGAUAUUGAGCAACAGCAUCUUCGCCAAGCUGGUACGUGGAUUAAGGGUCAUGCAGAAGCUAUUUUCAAUACGACGUACUGGUUUGUGACGCCCGAAGAAGGUGAUCAUGUUCGGUUUACCAUUUCGCAAGAUGCUUUCUACAUCCAUACACUUGCAAAGCCCAACAGUACUCUGAUAUUGUCAAGUCCGAUCCCUUGGGUGGAUGGCGACCAAGUUACGGUGGUCGGUGGGGAAAUGCAUGGCACUGUUGUGCCAACCCAAAAAUUCGACAACGGUUCCGUCGCUCUGUCCGUGAGCAACGAAAUAGCAGCCGCCGAUCAAUUUGCAUGGGUGUUCAAGAUAACAUAUUGA